AUGGCAGAGCAGGUCGUGACGGCGCGGCUGCCGCCGGCGCGGAGGCUCGUGCCGGACGGGCGCGGCGGCAUGGCGUCGGCCGCGGCGCCGGCGGACGAGCAGGGCAAAAUUCUGCCGCGCAGCCAGCUGGACCGGCUGAUGCGCAUGCACGGCCUCGACCAGACGUUCCGCCUGGCCCCAGACGUCCAGUCAGAGCUUUCCCGCCUGGCCGAGGACUUUGUGGCCGACCUGGUGGAGCGUGGCUGCCAGCUGGCGGUGAUGCGCAAGGCCACCACCCUGCGCGCCUCUGAUUUGGCGCCGUACCUGGAGCGCACCCACCACAUCCGCGUGCCUGGGUUCAGCGGCGAGCUGCGGCCGUACCGCAGGCCAAAUGCGAGCGAGGUGCACCGCGAGCGGGCGGCGGCGGUAAGGCACAGCGCGAGCGCGGCAGGGGCCGCGGCUGGGGCCGGCGGCGGCGGUGGUGGCGGCGGUGGUGGCGGUGGGGUCGGUCCGGGGGCGCCAAAGGGCCGGGGCGGAGGAUGA